GUGGUUGGUAGGGCAACCUUCUUCAGUUUGUAGAAAGCAGUGGAAGGAGGAACUCCCUCUGUGCUGUCUUCUCCACAAUCUCAGCUCUCAGGCUUGUUGUAUCUAGACCGAUUUUAAAUCAAGCAGGUUCCCUUCAGACCAGUCAUCUCAGGGGAGGCAGCUGAGGCGGGGAGUGAGCUGUUAGUGGGGUGCAGCCCCAUAGGGGCUGGCCCUGCCAGCGUGUCUGUGUUUGAAAGAGGUGAAGUGCUGAACUCUGAAGACUGGGAGGCAAGGGAAGGUCCAAGUUGCUGGAGAGGAGCUAAGGCGUCCCAUGGGGAACACGCUGAGUUGUUGUUUUUGCCCCAAAGUCAGCCGCAGGUGAGGUCUGCGUAGGCUGUCUGAGGAUCUGUCCUUCAGCUCUGACAUUAAUGAGGCGGUGGCAAGCAAAGGUGUGGGCCAAGACAGAAGGAACAUGUCCAACACCAGCGCCAGACCCAUUUGGGGCCCGAGCUGGCUGUGUGGGGUGGUGUCUGGCAGCUGCGAUGACAUCUAUGAGGCAGUGUCAAGCGUAAGUGCAGACCAAGGCAGAGAGGAGCAGAGGCUGGGCAGCGGGAUCAUUGUGCUCCCCAAUGUGAGAUCCAAGCAGAGCCAGCACAGGGUGCAUGGGGCAGAACCGAUCGAGGGGGAGGUGGUGGAAGCCCCAUACCCUACUGCCGUGGAGCCUGCCUGGUGGGAUGUGGGAGCUGGUGACAGCCAGGACCUGCAGCACAUGAGCGACCAGGAGAUGCCCAAAGAUAUUGCUUCUGACAGUCCAAGGGCAAGCACACUCUUCCUGAGAAAGUAUCAAAUGCAUGUGCAAGGAAAGAGGAGAAGCUUUCACCUAUAUUCUAUACCUCCGAGGCAUCCUGAUGAAAAAUACAGCUCGUGUUCCACCAUAUUGCUAGAUAACAGCAUAGUCAGCAAGCCUGAUCUCAGCCACAUAUUAGAAAGUGUGACUUUGGCAAUAUAUUACAACAUAAAGCACAGAUAUGCAAAUAGAUCCCUGGCUAUUUUUGAUGAGCCAAUACAUCCACUUUCACAAGAAAAGAUUCCAGGGAAAUCCUUUGAGGACGAUCCCACACACAACUGCAUUUUCAGUUAUUUCUGGAAUAUUUUUGCAGUCGCAGAACUAACAGCUCCAUGUGCGAUCGUAGCAUUGGUGUACAUUGAACGCCUUUUAACUAAUGCUAACAUCGAUCUUUGUCCUACUAAUUGGAAAAAAAUUGUCCACGGAGCCAUCCUUCUGGCCUCCAAGGUUUGGGGAAAUCUUCAUCACUGGAGUGUGGAUAACAGCCAGAAUCCCAAGGAUGUUGCAGUUGAGACAAUGAGUAAGAUGGAGAAGAGUUUUUUGGAGCUACUUGAGUUUAAUAUUCGUGUUUCUGCCAGUGUUUAUGCGAAAUAUUACUUUGACCUGCGUGCCUUGGCAUAUGACCAUGACCUGUAUUUUCUAUUUCGCUUUCUUCACAAAGAUAAAGCAGAGAAAUUGAAGGCUAUGUCACGGCCGUGUGAAUACAAAGACUUGCAUCAAGAUGUCGCUGCUAUGAGAAGAAACAUCAGCAUGGAUUUCAUCGGUAUUUGGCAUACUAAUGCCAUCUUAUCUUAAAGAGAGAAAUUAGCAUUAUAAGGUCCGGGACUUGUCAACUAUAAGGACUACAAAAUAUCACUUCUGCUGAGAAAGACCAGUAAAAUUAAAAUUUUCUUUUUUUAUGUUUUUAUUAAAAUUUUAUGGUGGUGGUUGUUGUUGCUGCUGUUGUUGUUGUUGAUUAGGAUUUUCAUAGAGCAGAGAUUUCAAAUAACCACACUGUGAAGCUGGGUGAUGGUGGCAUGAACAGUGGGUGCCAGGUGCUACCUGCCCUUUUUGUUCCACUGAGUCCAGAUGGCAUUCCUAGGGCACCACCUUCUUGAACAACUCUUGGGGAGGAAGACUGUCACAUGGACACAGCACAUCCCAGUUCAGAGUCCACAGUCCCACAGUCCCAAGCAGGUGACAGUCUGAGCUGAGCUGGAAUUCAAAAAACUUUAGAAUUGGCUCCAGAUUUGUGAGAGUACCUGGGUUUGGAUCUCUGUCCACUGAGGCACUGAAUGCGUGAUGGCCCGAAACAAGUGUGGGAAGAGAGAAUGGCAUGGGGACAAGGCUGUCAUUACUCCGAGUACCAUGGGGGCUCAGGCCUGUUCAUCUAGUCUUUGGAGGGAAUCUGUGCAUGUGAAAUGAGGCUCCCGCAUCAUGGUUAUAAACGGAGCAAUGAAAUCAGCUCAUCUUCCCCCAGGCCCAUAAUAGUCAUGCCAAAACACAGAAUCUUGCUGUGUUGCCAGGCCGGAGUGCAGUGCCAGGAUCUCAGCUCUCAGCAACCUCUGCCUCCCAGGUUCAAGUGACUCUCCUGCCUCAGUCUCCCAAGUAGCUGGGACUACAAGCAUGAACCACCAACCCAGCUAAUUUAUAUAUUCUUAGUAGAGACAGGGUUUCAUCAUGGUGGCCAGGAUAGUCUUGAUCUCUUGACCUCGUGAUCUGCCUGCCUAAGCCUCCCAAAGUGCUGGGAUUACAGGUGAGAGUCACCAUGCCCGGCCUCUUGCAUUUACAUUCACAAUAAAGUGCUUUGGAAUAUCCCACUGUUGAUUUGCGAUUUCCUCCUCCAAACAUAAUUGAAUAUUUUCAUGUAUUGAUAUUUUGUGUCUGAAGAUGAAAUAUUAGAUGAAACAUGUUAAAAUAUUUCAUGCAAAGCCGUCGGUCGUCGUAGAGACUACUCUUUGGUGAAUACACAAAUCUAUUUUAAAUAUGAAAAUUUUUAUUAGAUGUGAUAAUGAUAUUUUCUCUUUUGUCUUCACUUGUUAGAUAAUAGCUACUUGCAUUCUUCCAUAAUUAAUGAUAUCGUAUCUUAUAUUUGAUGUAAAAAACUCCUAGAAUAUUUGAAAUUGAUAGUUGAAAUUAAACAGCAAAAUGGGAAUUGCUGAAACCUAGUGAUAAUGUACUUAUGAUGGGUUUAUUAUGUAUUAUCACUAACAUUGUUAAUUUUUUUAAUUUCCGUGGGAAACUAUACCAAGAACUUGAAAUUUUCUAUAGAACCCUUUGUGUCCUGCACUUUAGUUCCAAUGCAUAAUGAAUAAAGGAAAAUGGAUUCUCCUGCAGGAAUUCUGCUGGACUCUUCCUUUCUUUUCCCUUUAACCUGGGGGGAGUGUCUUGAGGUCACCAUGGGGUGAGGCGACCAUGAGUGGUCGCUAGAGCUGCCACUGGGAGGAGUGUGCAUGUGGAGAUGGGUUUCGUGGCCACGUUUC